UUUUUCAAAGCCUGGCCGCCGCGAGUGCAAAUUUCCGUAAGAUCUGUACCAUUUCAGGUGCAUUAGAGUGAUUAGGUUACCGUUUAUCUUAAUUACCAGCUUCGUUACUGUGAUACUCGCUGUUGAUAUUGAAAAAAGAAAGGAUAUUUUUUUUUUCGAACAAAAGUGCAGAAGAAAGUUUUGGUCAGAAGAGAAAAAGAAACAUGACAUCACAUUCCUUCUCACGUCUGCAAGAUCGAUGAUGAUGAUGAUGAUGACGAUAGAGGCAUAAUCGUGCGGGGGUGGGAAGAGGCGAAUCAUUGAAAUAGGAUUAGUUUUUUGUUUACAUUUGAUGCACCGAGAAGAAUUGAAGCAGCUGUGGAAAUUAAAUUGGUAAAGUGAAAAAAGUGUAAUUUUUGUGACGUGGAAGAGGGUUAGUAGUAAAAAAGCGUCAGCAAUGCCGGAAAGGAACAAUGUGGAUUGGUCUAGGUAUGGAUUAGGGAGCGAUGACUCAUCCCCAACAGAUAGAUCCCGGACCAGAGGAACUGUGGGAGGGUUUGUAGAUCUGGGCAACGAGUACGAUUACGGAGCUGGAGGGCAUCAUGCAUCCGGAAGGGAUGAGAUCUUUGCCGAGGAUCAGGGCGACAAGCCCUGGUGGAGGAGCAACUUCUUCAUAUCACAACCGGUGCUGUUUGGAACGUGGGAUGGAGUAUUUACGUCCUGUUUGAUCAACAUCUUUGGUGUUAUUGUAUUUUUACGAUCCGGAUGGAUUGUGGCGGAGGCUGGUAUUAUGCAUGCGGUGUUGAUAAUUUUCUGCGCAGUAGCGAUUGCCCUGGUGUCGGUAUUGUCGGCGGUCGGAAUUUGUGAACGCUGCCGAGUGGAAAGUGGUGGAGUAUACUUUUUAAUCGCUCACACACUGGGAUCCAGAUUUGGAGGGUCACUUGGAAUGAUGUACUGCUUCGGACAGGCAGUAGGAUGUGCGCUGAAUGUGCUCGGUUUCGGGGAAUCAAUGGCGGGGCUUGUUGGAUUGGAAGGUAACAAAUGGGCAAUCAGAUUGUUCGCGAUUGCAGCCGUCCUGCUUCUCGGAGUCAUCAAUGUGGCCGGAGUGAAAUGGGUAGUGAAGCUUCAGUUUGCCCUGCUGAUUAUUUUGCUGGUGUCAGCAUUGAACUUUAUGGUAGGCAGCUUCACCGGAGAGGACCCGGAGCAUGGAUUCGAUGGUUGGGGACAAGGAAAUAUGGCCUUAAAUCUGUGGCCAAAAUAUAGCGAAGGCACGACAUGGUUCACAGUUUUCGGAGUAUUCUUCCCUACUAUUACGGGUAUUCUCUCUGGGAUCAACAUGAGUGGAGAUCUGCGAGCGCCAUCAACCGACAUUCCAAAUGGAACAUUAGCUGCACUGAGCACUUCGACGUUUCUAUACAUGGUCUUCAUUCUAUUCCUUGGAGCAACGUGUCAAAGAUACACCCUGCUGACUGAUUUCAUGAUUGCCGUGAAGGUGUCGGCAGUUCCGUUUCUUCUGCUUGCUGGCAUCUACGUUUCGAGUAUGUCGUCUUGUCUGGGGGCGAUGUACGGUACACCACGUGUGUUGCAAAGCAUUGCUAAUGAAAACGUCAUUCCCGGUAUUGGUAAACUCGGCAUGGGUCGUGGGCCAAACAAGGUUCCCCUCUACGCGAUGGCCGUAGUGGCUACAGUGACAACGACGUUUAUCAUCGUUGGUGACAUCAACACACUAGCUCCAAUCGUCACUAUGCCAUUCCUGCUGACCUAUGCUUGUAUCGAUUAUUCGUACUUUGCUCUAGCACAAACAUUCGACAUUCAAAACGUAAGAGAAGAGCGAUUCAGAAUACAAGCGCAGAGUCCGCUAUAUGAAACCAGAAAUUACGGUACGACAGGUGACUAUCAGGAUAAUAACGAUCUGGAUCAGCUGUUUCCGGAGCGAACCCGGCACAAAAACCUGUCGCAGAGUCCAACCAAUUCACCGCACCAUGUGCCUUCGAAUGCUACAGCUCGUCCGGUGGUGAAUGGAGGAGCCAACAGCAGUUACCCGAACGGAGGGCUGUCCAACAGUACAUCGAUCAAUAGUGAGGUGAUUUUCCGUGAUGGAACAGGGAAUGGCAGCACGGCUGGUACCAAUUCACUGUCCGAGGCCGACGAUGAACCGAUUGCACCGAUUCGGCCACCGAUCCACUCUAAAACGAAAAACUGGUACUCGGGCUUCUGCAAUCGGUGGGCUUCGCUGAUGGGGGCUGGUAUAAAAGUAUUCGUGAUGUUCCUGGUCAACUGGGUCUUUGCCCUGGUCUGUAUGGGAACCGUCUUUGUGCUGUGGUUCUACGUUGGAACGGCCAAUCCCGCCGUAAAGCCCGGUCUGGCGCAUGAAUUCCGCUUCUUCGUGUGGCUGAAGAAUGUCGUUUUCAGAUGCUUCGGAAAACGCGUCCACGACUACGAACAGGUGGUGGUCACGCCUUCCUGCCCGAACGUUCCGCUGGCUUCAGCGCAGUUGAACGAAGAGAACGAAGACUUUGCCUCCCGAAGAAGAUACCACCAGUCGGCCGUCGUCCAGGGUCACUACGUCGAUGAAGUGUGAGCCGAUAAGGUGUCCAUUUAGCCAACAAGCUAAACUUAAUUCAUUACAAAGAAACAUAGACAUACACACAAACAUAACAACACUGAACAAUACUUCUACUUGUGGUAGUUAGAAUCGCAGACUAGGGUAAAUAUUUGUACAUUUAUAUACAAAAGAACAUUUCGUCGGAAGACCACCAAAGCGAACUGAUAGUCUGAGGGACGAGGUCAAGUAGUAUUUUGUAUAAUCAAAACCAUUGGAAGGACCCAUUGACUAGUGUGG